AUGGCGGAAGAGGUUUACGACGGUGCCAUUGGCAUUGAUUUGGGUACCACCUACUCUUGUGUUGCUACCUACGAGGGUAACAAUGUCGAGAUCAUUGCCAACGAGCAGGGUAGCUUCACUACCCCUUCUUACGUCUCCUUCAACGAGAAGGAGCGUUUGAUCGGUGAGGCUGCCAAGAACCAGGCUGCCAUGAACCCCAUCAACACCGUCUUCGAUGUCAAGCGUCUUAUCGGCCGACCUUUCGAUGACCCCAUUGUCAAGAAGGAUAUCGAGUCGUGGCCCUUCAAGGUCGUCGAGCAGGGCAGCAACCCCAUGGUUCAGGUUGAGUACCUGGGUGAGACCAAGACUUUCUCGCCCCAGGAGAUCUCCGCCAUGGUUCUGACCAAGAUGAAGGAGAUCGCCGAGGUCAAGCUCGGUAAGAAGGUUGAGAAGGCCGUUAUCACCGUCCCCGCCUACUUCAACGACAACCAGCGUCAGGCUACCAAGGAUGCUGGUGCCAUUUCCGGCCUCAACGUCCUCCGUAUCAUCAACGAGCCUACUGCCGCUGCCAUUGCCUACGGUCUUGGCUCCGGAAAGUCCGAGAAGGAGCGAAACGUCCUCAUCUACGAUCUUGGUGGUGGUACUUUCGAUGUCUCCCUCUUGAACAUCCAGGGUGGUGUCUUCACCGUCAGGGCUACUGCCGGUGACACCCAUUUGGGUGGUCAGGAUUUCGACAACAACCUCCUCGACCACUGCAAGAAGGAGUUCCAGCGCAAGACCAAGAAGGAUAUCUCCAACGACCCCCGUGCUCUGCGAAGACUCCGAACCGCUUGCGAGCGUGCCAAGCGUACCCUGUCCAGCGGUGCUCAGACCACCAUCGAGAUUGACUCUCUCUUCGACGGUGAGGAUCUGUUCCUCCAGAUCACCCGUGCUCGUUUCGAGGAGUUGAACGCCAAGGCUUUCGCAGGCACCCUGGACCCCGUUGCCCAGGUCCUCAAGGAUGCCAACAGCGACAAGAAGAGCGUCGACGAGAUUGUCCUCGUCGGUGGUUCUACUCGUAUCCCCAAGAUCCAGAAGCUUCUCAGCGACUUCUUCGAUGGCAAGAAGCUUGAGAAGUCCAUCAACCCCGAUGAGGCCGUCGCUUACGGUGCCGCCGUCCAGGCCGGUAUCCUCUCCGGUAAGGCCACCUCUGAAGACACUGCCGACCUCCUCCUGUUGGAUGUCGUUCCUUUGUCUCUCGGUGUCGCCAUGGAGGGCAACAUCUUCGCCCCUGUCGUCACUCGCGGCCAGACUGUCCCUACCCUCAAGAAGCGAACUUUCACCACUGUCGCCGACAACCAGCAGACCGUCCAGUUCCCCGUCUACCAGGGUGAGCGUGUCAACUGUGAGGACAACACCUCUCUGGGAGAGUUCACUCUCGCCCCUAUCCCUCCCAUGCGCGCCGGUGAGCCUGUCCUCGAGGUCGUCUUCGAGGUCGAUGUCAACGGUAUCCUGAAGGUCACUGCUACUGAGAAGACCUCUGGCCGCAGUGCCAACAUCACCAUUGCCAACUCUGUUGGUAAGCUCUCCAGCUCUGAGAUUGAGAACAUGAUCAGCGACGCCGAGAAGUUCAAGACCACCGACGAGGCUUUCAGCAAGCGCUUCGAGGCCAAGCAACAGCUCGAGUCGUACAUCAGCCGUGUUGAGGAGAUUGUUUCCGACCCGACUUUGUCUCUCAAGCUCAAGCGUGGCCAGAAGGAGAAGAUUGAGCAGUCCCUCAGCGAGGCCAUGGGCCAGCUCGAGAUUGAGGACUCCAGCGCCGAUGACCUGAAGAAGAAGGAGUUGGCCCUCAAGAGACUCGUAACCAAGGCCAUGUCCUCGCGAUAA